CCGCGUUGUAGUAUUACUGGUUUAUUUCAAACGAGCUAACCAUAACAACAGAAAGUCAAGAAGUUCCAGACGUCGAAACUCAAUCAGCUGAACAUACGGUUGAUAACCUGCAACUGAGUCGUACGAUAUCCUAUUCCGAUUGGCACCUUGCGCGAAGAAUAACCCAACUUCAAUACCGAAGAAGAGCCUAAGACGACUACCCGGAGAGUAGCAGAGGUACCGCGGAUUCAGAUAUCGCUUAGUCGCAAAACCACAUCAUUUACUUUCCUCUCGACUCCAAACAUGCCAAGCCAUUGCUACACUGCGGAGGUCCCCUUAAGUGUUUUCGAUGAAGAUGACCUCAUUGAUGACUCCUACGGUAUCACCCCGAUGGCUGGACUCGGAAAGCCAUUGAGUCUACGUAACCGGUUUCUCCGGCGUUUGUCAAAAAUGAUAGGCGCGGAUGUGACCAUGCAGGAGGAUGAGCCCGACGUUAGACUCGAUAUUUAUCUAACUUGGAAGCCCAACCAACUAGAACAAAGCCCAGCCGUUGAUAAAGAGCUGCGAGAGUACUUAAGUGGCUUAAAAGAUGCUUGGGCUAUAAUUGCAAUGCACCAAUGUGGACUACGCUACGAUCGUGCGCGGGAAGACCUGUGGGACACUGUACUCAUAUAUGUGUACUGUCACAUCGACUACACUAUUAUCAGGCUGCAACAAUGCUUCAGCCUAAACCAGCCCAUAUUGGAUGACUUUAUCACCACGAUGUUUGGCGUCCAUGAGAACACGGGCUCGGAACGGGACUGUGAAUUAGGAGAUCAGCUCAUUGCAAUCCAAGAAAUGGUACAAGGCUACGACAGUUCGGUAAAACAACUCAAUACGCUUAUUCAAUUCGCGUCUAGGAUGACUCGGACACUCUCACAUCUUCAGAAUCGACUCAAAUAUCUGCUUGGGAAACCUGUGUUUGCGAAGGAGAUCUUCCAGCUAAUCUGUGCAGUUGGAUUUCCUGAACGCGCCUACAGCACUUUCGUUCGCGCAGCAAAGGCAUCUACAGUAUUCACAGAAACGAACUUCCAUAUUAGAUUAAGGCAAACAUCCCCUACUCAGCCCUUACCUCAACAGACCAUAUCAACUGCUAUGUUGUUGCCGCGACCGCCUCUACAAGGGAAGUCGCAGGCAACUAGGCAAGCUCUAGCUACACCGCUGCCUCUUCUUAUCCAAACAGACUAUGCAGAUUACGAAACCUCUUUAGGCGCAGCCAGACCCUUCCUACAAAAAGAAGAUCGUGUAAUAGGAUUUGUCCGUCUCCCAGCUGCUAAGCGCGACACAGUUCAACUUAUAAGAUCUGUACUUCCUGGCAAACUCGUCCCUAUCUCUUCCUCUGCAUUCUACAUCUUCGGUUUCGUAACCUGCGACACUGAGGACCAAGAGCGACACCUAGCAGGCUUUUACGCCUGGUUCCUUGAGCAAGCCCGCCACCGGCGCUCUACAUUUCAGUCUCUUACAACCGCCGUUGAGACAAACACUCUAGCCGAUCUACUUAACAUCAAAAACCUUGCGUCCUUUAACGACUACUUUCCUAGACUAGAAACCUUCCUCAGCGCCGUGCCAACACCUACAGUCUGGCGACUAAAGCAGUUCAUUCAGGAUGAGACUACCGACGAGCCGCCACCGUGUCUCAAGCGCGAUUACGGAUUUUACUUCUGCACGCAGCGCGAGGACGUCGCAAAACUAAAGACUAUCUACACUGCUAUCCUAGAUAGAGUAGCGCCAUUGGAGCUUCACGCUGCGGCCAUUAACGGCCAGCUCCUCGCGUUUGCGAUACAGGAGCUCGGCGUUGUGGAUCCUAACAUGCGCCGCUUCCUGCAGAACGACUUUGGGGUGUUGCGCAUUGGAUUUGAUGACAUGGAGGGGCUUGAGCGGCACCGGAAGCCGCUGUUCAAAAAAGUACAAAGGGAAGUCUAGAUAACGUAAUGUGGUGUGAAGCAUUGGUAGCGGUGGAGCGAGAUUUUGGAAAAUAUCUAAUUUCUUGGGAAGUUUGCAAAAGUUUGGGCUCGGUGUGUUUUGUCAUCUUUCGUUUCGGCACGUGGCUCGUCAUGGACCUGCUGGCUUCUUUUUGCUCUUCAAAUAAUUUCCUGGUUAGGACUCGAUUUUGACUGACGAUCUCAGUUUGGGGCGUUGGUUGCCGGCCUUGCUGUCGGGUCAGGACGUGUGGGCUACACAUACGGGCAUGGCUUUGCCGUCCCUUGUUUUCUUGCUUUCAGCGGACAUCUGCGAGAUUGGUUUCACACGUAAUAGU